AUGGACUCGCUGCUUCCUCUUUCUUUACAGGAAUACACUUGCCCAAGAUGCGAAUCUGGCUUUAUUGAAGAAGUCACAGAUGAUUCCAGUUUUCUAGAUGGCAGCGGCAUAGACGACAGCCCAUCCACACAGUUUGCAGAGCUUUGGGACCAUUUGGACCACACGAUGUUCUUUCCUGACUUCAGACCCUUUCUGAGUAGCAGCUCACUGGAUCAAGACAGCAGAGACAACGAGAGGGGCCACCAAGCCCACGCCGACCUCUGGGGACCAAGCCGACCCCCGCGAUUGCCCAUGACGCGGAGGUAUAGAUCCCGGGGCAGCUCGCGCCCCGACAGGUCUCCUGCUAUCGAAGGAAUAAUACAGCAGAUCUUUGCAGGGUUUUUUGCGAACUCAGCGAUCCCUGGCUCCCAGCACCCUUUUUCCUGGAGUGGGAUGCUGCACUCGAAUCCUGGGGACUAUGCAUGGGGACAGAGCGGCCUUGAUGCUAUUGUCACCCAGCUCUUGGGACAGUUGGAAAACACAGGACCGCCUCCAGCCGACAAAGAGAAGAUCUCAUCUCUCCCAACAGUGACAGUAACUCAGGAACAAGUUGAUACGGGUUUGGAGUGUCCUGUGUGUAAAGAGGACUACACAGUAGCGGAGCAGGUUCGGCAGUUACCGUGCAAUCACUUCUUCCACAGCAACUGCAUCGUGCCAUGGUUAGAGCUGCAUGACACAUGUCCCGUGUGCCGGAAGAGCUUAAAUGGCGAGGAUUCGACUCGGCAAACACAGAACCCUGAGGCCUCAGCAAGUAACAGCUUUAGUAGUGAAAGCCAACUACACGAUCGAUGGACUUUCUGAUGCUUGAGGGCUUCUUGGGGGCUCUGGCUGGAGAAUUGUUACUACAGAUGUACAUUGUAUUAUAAUUCAAACAAAAAGAGUAGCAGGAAAUAUAGGGCAGGGGAGGGAACUCACCCCGUGAUAUUACUGCAAUGAGUGCUGUCUUUUUCCUGAAACUUUAGCAUCUCUGAGCGAAUCGUGUCUCCAUCGGAAUCGCCUCUUUAGUCCUAAAUUCAGAGUCUUUGAGUGAUUUGACUUGAUUUUAUACUUGUGAAACCUUUACUUAGACUCCUUUGAAGGGGGCAAGGAGGGCAGGGAGGUUGGCAUCUGUUGUGCAGACCCUGCCUGGGUCCUGAGAUCUCUCGUGCAGCCCUAUCCACGCGGGGUUGGCUCCCCCUGCUCUCGCUCCGCGUCCCCCCCUGCCCCCCACAGAGAGGUAGCAAAGAUGGGGAAAACGUCCCCGUUACAGAGUUCCUUUUGGCAAAGGAGGGCAUGGAAACAAGAAGAUUUUUGACUUCUCUCCUCUGGCCCCUUUCUGUGCCCCUCGGACCAUGUGGGUGGAACCAAAUCCAGGAGUGUUUUUUCUUCCGCUCUUGAGUUCAAGUAAAAAUGUCUAUGGAAGAGUGUUCUAGGCUUUCUCAAGGGAGAGGCAGGAGUGAAGAUGGAGGUACAGAAGGGUCUCUGGAUCAGGUAUCUUACUGAGGCGUGCUGGCGGAGAGAAGUGUGCUCAUGUGGUCAGGACGCACAGGAGCCCACGGUUCUGGGAACAGGAAUGCACAAGCAGGUUUUUUGUCUUGUGAACUUCUCUCUUUUUGUUUUUUCCCCUCUUCCUCUCUCUCUCUCUUUUUUUUUUUUCCCCCUCUCCCCCCUGGCCCUUCUCCAUGUGCCUGUGUCCCCAGGUCUGUCCAAACCUGUCCCCUACCCACAGUGAGUCGUUUAGGAUCCUUAGCUGGCUUGUAUCAUAUGGACCACAUUAAAGGCAUCCUUCAGGAAAACAGACCUAACUGUGCAUAACCAUUUUAAUGGCUGAUUCUUCAGUGUUUAACACAAAAUCUUAAUUCUCUCUUAGUCUGGUAACUUUAAGAGAAUCUCUCUAUUUUUUGCAGAUUUUUUUUUUGUUUUAUUUUUUUUUCCACUUCUGUAAUGUUUCAUCCAUGUUUGACUUCUUGUUUUUAUUGUCUAAAUCAUGUCUGUGCUUAAGGCACCCACUAAACCACCGUGUGGCAGUGUUAAAUCCCCGGCUCAGCCCGGCAGCAGGCGGGAGGGAGAGGUAGGUCGUGUCUAAACAUGUUGCCACUUCAUUGCUGUAACGGUGUACUACGUACACUCGAUUUAAACUAGUGUUUUGUUUGCUAUUAAGUCAAAUAAAGGCCUUUAUAAAGAA